AUGAAAUUCCUUAAACCCUUCAAUCCCAAUUCCUUUCACCACCAUCCCAAAGCACUAUCAAAUUUCUCCCUUCUCACCACUCCCCCAACCCAACCAAUCACCCAAACAACACUCCUCAAUUCCAUCAAAUCUUCUCAUUGGCAUUUCAUCAAACACCUUGCUCCCCACCUCACCCCUUCCCUCCUCUCUUCCACUCUUUCCAACCUCCACCAAAACCCAACCCUCGUACAAACUCUCCUCUCCCACCUUCACAACAAUCCUCAUUGCCUCGACCUCACCACCCGAUGCAUCGCCCUCUGCAUCCUUUACCGCCUCCCAUCCUCCACCCCCUCUCACCAAAUCCUCCACCCUAUCAUCCACACCACCGCCCCCGCCGUCCUCUUCAACGAACUAUCACUAGCUCGAAACCAUCUCAAUGCAAAAACCACCUUCGUCUUUGACAUUCUCCUUAUUUCUUAUUGCCAUCUCAUGAAACCCAAUGAGGCUCUUGAGUGUUUCAUCUUGAUGAAAGAAAAUGGAAUUCUCCCCAAUACCGAGACUUGCAAUCAGGUUUUGAAUAUGUUUCUUAAACUCAAUAGAACCAAAAUGGCAUGGGCUUUUUACCAAGAUAUGUUUAGGAUGAAGAUUAAAUCAAGUGUCUUCACUUUCAACAUUAUGAUCAAUGUCUUGUGUAAAGAUGACAAAUUGAAAAAGGCUAAGGAGUUUAUCGGCCACAUGGAAGUUCUUGGUGUGAAGCCUAAUGUUGUUACUUAUAAUACCCUUAUAAAUGGAUACUGCUUAAAAGGUAAGUUUCGAGAAGCUCGUUUGAUUUUUCAGACUAUGAAAGAUAAAGGUCUAAAACCAGAUAGUUACACCUAUAAUUCUUUUAUUUCGGGGUUGUGUAAAGAAAGACGGAUUGAGGAGGCGUCUGAUUUACUUUGUAAAUUGUUGGAAUCUGGAUUGGUUCCUAAUGCUGUAACAUACAAUGCUUUGAUUGAUGGGUGUUGUAAUAAAGGGGAAUUGGAUAAGGCUUUUUCGUAUAGGGAUGAGAUGAUAUGUAGAGGUAUAAUGCCUUCUCUUGUCACGUAUAAUUUGUUUAUUCAUGCAAUGUUUUUGGAGAAAAAGUUGGUGGAAGCCGAUGAUAUGAUCAAGGAAAUGCGAGAAAAAGGGAUGGAACCUGAUGUUGUAACAUAUAACAUAGUGAUUAAUGGGUAUUGCAGAUGUGGGGAUGCGAAGAAAGCCUUCACCCUUUAUGAUGAAAUGGUAGAAAAAAGGAUUAGACCGACAUUGGUAACAUACACGUCGCUUAUUGAUGUUCUUGGGAAAAGGAAUAGGAUGAGCGAGGCAGAGGAGAUGUUUAAGAAGACUAAAAAAGAAGGUCUGCUGCCAGAUAUCAUAAUCUUCAAUGCAUUGAUUGACGGUCACUGUGCAAAUGGUAACAUCGAUCGUGCAUUUCAACUCUUGAAAGAGAUGGAUAGUGCAAAGGUUGUUCCUGAUGAAGUCACUUACAAUACUUUGAUGCAAGGGUACUGCAGAGAAGAGAAAGUGGAAGAAGCUCGAAAACUUCUUGAUGAGAUGAAGAGAAGAGGGAUCAAACCUGAUCAUAUUAGUUACAAUACACUUAUUAGUGGUUACAGUAAAAAAGGUGACAUGAAGGAUGCUUUAGAAGUUUAUAAUGAAAUGUUGUCUAUAGGAUUUCAUCCUACCAUUCUUACCUACAAUGCUCUUAUUCAAGGCUAUUGCAAAAACGGUGAAAGUGUGUAUGCUGAAGAGCUUCUCAGAGAAAUGAAACGAAAAGGCAUUACUCCUGAUGACAACACGUUCCUAUCUUUAGUUGAGGCAAUUCAGACAAAUGACGACCUAGUGGAAAACGAUGAUAAAUGA